AUGACUCGUCAACCGAUCAACCAAUAUUUCAAAGACCAUCCUAAUGAAAUUUUAGUACUGGAUGGUGGCCAAGGUACUGAAUUGGAGAACAGAGGCAUCAAAGUCGCAAACCCUGUCUGGUCUACCAUCCCAUUUAUAAGCGAUUCUUUCUGGUCUGAUCAAUCUUCAAAUGACCGCAAAAUUGUCAAGGAGAUGUUUGCUGACUUUUUGGCUGCGGGUGCUCGUAUAUUAAUGACCAUCACAUACCAAACCAGUUUCAAGUCUGUCUCGGAAAACACGCCAAUCAAAACACUUGAAGAGUACAACUCCUUGUUAGACAGAAUUGUGUCAUUCUCGCGGGACUGCAUUGGUGAAGAUAAGUAUCUCGUCGGCUGCAUUGGUGCUUGGGGUGCUCAUGUGUGCUCUGAGUUCACAGGUAAUUACGGAGAUCAUCCGGAAGACAUCGACUUUUUGGAAUACUUCAGGCCUCAGUUGGAGAAUUUCAACAAUAAUGACAAACUGGACAUUAUUGGCUUUGAAACUAUUCCAAACGUUCAUGAAUUGAGAGCCAUUUUGUCCUGGGAUGAAACUAUCAUUUCUAAGCCCUUUUAUAUUGGUCUCUCCGUUCACGAACAUGGUGUUUUGAGAGACGGAACCACCAUGGCUCAGGUUGCUCACAUCAUCAGAUCUCUGGGCGACAAAUUGAAUCCUAAUUUAUUGCUUCUGGGCAUUAACUGUGUCAGUUUCAAUCAUUCACCUGAGAUUCUGCGUUCACUCCACAGAGAGUUACCUGAAAUGCCAUUAAUCGUUUAUCCAAACAGCGGUGAAAUCUACGACACCGUAAAAAAGGUUUGGCUCAAAAACUCGAGUCAAACCUCCACAUGGGAUGAUGUAGUUAGGGUGUACGCCAAAAAUGGCGCGCGCAUCAUUGGUGGAUGUUGCAGAACCUCUCCAGACGACAUCAAGCAAAUAGCUCAAGCUGUUGCUAAGAUUAACAAGCCCUGA